AAAAACAAAUUACUAACUUCUUUGAUAAAAGAAAAAUGCAGCGUUAGAAAUAAAUCAUCCACUUCUCAAAUUAUCAAAUGAAAAGUUGACAUUACAGACUCCUCUUGUAAUAGUUGGACAGCUUUUAGCAUGUUUUCCAGAUAAUUUUGAGGAUUUAUCGGUAAUGAGAUCUUCUAAUUCUUUGAGGCUGGAGUCCCUCCUUACCAUUACCCUAAUUUCCAUCUCCAUCCACAGAUUCUGCAUCGGUACAAUCGUUGACAGAAAGCUGGUUUGAUAAGCGAGUCCCUUGAAAUCCCGCUCCUCGCAGUCCUCUCGCGAUGUUCUACAACUGCUCCAAACAUCCCAGUUGCCAAAUAAGCUAAAGCUAGGCUAACUAGCUGAUAUGCUGCUAAGUUUACACAAAGUCUCAAUGAAGAAGCUUUCUGAGUGACUGGGACAUGGAGUUGAGAAGUAUCAAGGACCAGUCUCCUCUGAUACAGGCCAUAUUCAGCCGAAAUGCCGAAGAUGUUGCAUUUUUAUUGGAGCACAACGAAAGUGUCAACGCUCAGGACCAAGAACAAAGCACACCACUUCAUGCUGCUGCUUAUUUGGGUGAUGUUCAUGUCAUGGAACUACUUAUAAAUGCAGGCGCAAAUGUAAAUUCUAAGGACCAGGGCUUGCUCACUCCUUUACAUCGAGCCGCAGCCUCGAGAAAUGAAAGGGCUGUACAACUGCUCCUAAAACACAAAGCAGAACUCAACUCGCGGGACAAAUUCUGGCAUACUCCCCUACACAUGGCAGCUGCAAACUGGGCCACAGGUUGCGCUGCAGCCCUCAUACCAUAUGUUUGCAGCCUGGAUGUUGCGGACAAACUGGGAAGAACACCUCUACAUCACGCAGCACACAGCGGACACGCUGAGAUGGUGAACUUGUUCUUGCGUAAAGGAGCCAGUGCAAAUGCCAAAGAUAAGAAGGACAGACAGCCAAUACACUGGGCUGCACAUCUCGGACAUUUGGACGUUUUGAAGCUGCUGAUGUCCUACAUUUCAGAUGUGGCGUGCAAAGACAAACAUGGUUACACGCCGCUCCAUGCUGCGGCCGCCAGCGGACACCUGGAUGUGGUCAGGUGUCUGUUGAGACUCCAGGUGGAGCCUGAUGAGCCAAACAGCUUUGGGAACACGGCGCUUCACAUGGCCUGUCACACGGGCCAGGACUCAGUAGCCACUGAACUGGUGAACUGCGGCGCCAACAUCAACCAGCCCAACCACGAAGGCAACACGCCGCUGCAUCUGGCCACCAUCUCCUCCAGCGGCGUGCUCUGUCUUGAGCUCCUGGUCAACAAUGGUGCUGAUGUCAACGUCCAGAACAAAGACGGAAAAAGCGCUUUACACAUGGCUGCGAUGCACGGACGCUUCACAAGCUCCCAGAUUCUGAUCCAAAACGGAGGUGAGAUUGAUUGUGUGGACAUAAAUGGAAACACUCCACUCCACGUUGCUGCCAAAUACGGUCAGGAGUUGCUGACCAGCACUCUGCUGACCAACGGAGCUGCCAGAGGCAGACAGGGGGUUCAUGGGAUGCUUCCUCUACAUUUUGCGGCUCUGUUUGGCUCCCCAGAUUGCUGUCGCAAGUUACUUUCUAACGGCCAGUUUUACAACGUGAUUCAGGAUGGCCAAAUCCCAACCCUGGAGUUUGAUAUAAACACCCAGGACGAUUGUGGGAGGACCUGCCUACAUGCAGCUGCCUCUGGAGGAAAUGUCGAGUGUCUUAAUUUACUGGUAAACAGUGGAGCUGAACUGGAUAUAAAGGACGACUUGGGGAGAUCUCCUCUGCACUACGCUGCAGCCAAUGGGAACAGCCAGUGUACAAUUUCUCUAGUGAGAGCCGGAGCGGAGCUCAAUGAGGCGGAUCUGACGGGCUGCAGCCCUCUGCACUACGCUGCUGCUUCACACACUUUCUGUGGAGGAGGAACAAAAUGCGAGCCAGACCUCAGUGAGGAAAGAAAACAAGAAGCCUCUCUGUGUUUAGACUUUUUGCUUGACAACGGUGCAAAUCCCACUCUGAAGAACAGCAGAGGUUACAGUGCUGUUCACUAUGCAGCAGCUUAUGGGAACAAGCAACAUCUAGAACUGCUCUUGGAGAUUUCUUUUAAUUGUCUUGAAGAGGUUGAAAGUAAUAUUCCAGUCAGUCCUCUGCACCUAGCCGCCUACUAUGGGCAUUGUGAGGCACUGCAUUUGCUUUGUGAGACGCUAGUCAGUCUGGAUGUGCGGGACAUUGAAGGCCAGACUGCGCUCCACCUUGCUGCAAAGAGAGGCUUUUCCAAAUGUGUGGAGGUCCUUUUGGAGCACCAGGCUUCCUACACGUUGAAGGAAUACAAGCAGAAGCAGACUGCUCUGCAUGCUGCAGCUGCUGAAGGCCAAGUGGACUGUCUGCUUUUACUGGUCAACAGGGAACAAAGUGCUGGCAUCAUUGACGCUCAGGACACGCAGGGACAGACAGCUCUCAUCCUGGCAACUUUGGGACGUCACACUGACUGUGUCCACAUCCUGUUGGAGAAAAAUGCAAAUCCGGAUGCUGCAGAUAAACGAGGCUUUACUGCACUGCACAGAGCUGCCAUGUUGGGUAGUGAGGACUCUGUUUUGGCUCUGCUGGAACAUGGGGCUUCUGCCCUGUGCAGAGACGCUCAGGGAAAGACGCCGCUCCACCUCGCUGCAUCCUGUGGUCACACAAAUCUGCUCCACAUGCUGCUCAGAGCUGCAAAAAAGGCUGACCCUCUGGACUCCAUGCUAGACUUCAGGGGCUUCACACCCACACACUGGGCUGCUUACCAUGGUCACGAAGGAUGUUUACAUAAUUUGCUUGAGAACAGACUUUAUAGCAACCAGGAAGGAAAUCGUUUCACGCCGCUGCAUUGUGCUUUAAUCAAUGGACAUGAUGCUGCUGCUGGGCUUCUAGUAAAGAUGAUUGGCUCUUAUAUUGUUCACACUAAUGAUACCAAAGGACGGACGCCUCUGCAUGCAGCUGCUUAUUCAGGGAGUGUUGCUGGGCUCCAGCUGGUUCUGGCCCACGGGGCGCAGGUCAAUGCCGUAGAUCACUGUGGAUGCUCGGCUGUAAUGGUUGCAGCAGACUGCGGACAGACCAUGGCUGUUGAGUUCUUACUGCUCAAGGCGAAGCCAGACCUGACCCUGGUGGACGUCAACAAUAACACAGCACUUCACUUAGCCUGCAGCAAGGGUCAUGAGAUGUGUGCUCUGUUGCUCCUUGGGGAAAUCACAGACUCCUCCCUCAUCAACGCAAGAAACAACUCCCUCCAGAUGCCUCUUCAUAUUGCUGCGAGAAAAGGCCUGGCCACUGUUGUGCAGGUGUUGCUGAGCAGAGGAGCAGCAGUCAUGGCUGUAGACGAGGACGGCCACACCCCCGCUCUGGCUUGCGCCCCAAACAAAAACGUAGCCGACUGUCUGGCGUUGAUCCUCUCCACCAUGAGGCCGUUUCCUCCUAGAGAGGCGGACGCAGCCUCCCAUUUCAGCCCCAUCCUGAAGAACUGCAGCAUCGCUGCCACCUGCGGGUCCAACGGCAGCUUGUGUCAUGCUUAAAGCUCACACAAACACUGACGAAGGGAGAGUAGAUCAACAUACAGCUGCAAGUUAUGAACAUGUGGCAAGCUGCUACACAUCAUGUAUAUCGUCCUGCAUGAAUAGACAUAUUUGCUUCUCUCAAAUCCAGUCAUUUAUGUUACUAAUAUUUGUAGCGAUUUUAGAUUGACUUUUUUAUUAAGUCACAUACUAAGAAGAAUUUAUUGAGGGCGUUGUCGAGAGCGCACUAAGCAAGCUUUACUUCACCCCUCUACAAGUCAGUAUUUGCUUUUAGGAGAUCUUUAUAAGUCAGUUUGGGAAUUUUUCAAUCUGAGCCCUGUUUUUUCUGCUUUAAAUGGAAAUUAUUGUUGGGCACAAUUUCCAGUAUGUCGAAUAUUUUUAGAUAAUCAUGACAUGCAACAAAUUUUAAUGAGACUUCCCUGUUUCCUGAAAGGUUACUACACAUAUAGAUUUUGAUUUCUGUGGUUUCCAGAUGCAGAUAAGUAUAGAAACAAUUUUGUUUUCAGACUUUUCCCAUUAUCUCUCCUCUUGUCCUUCCUUCUUUGCUUCUAUCCCCUUUGUUUUUUUCUUAUUUCCUCUUUUUUUUCAUCUUAGUGUCUUAGUUACUUUCUUUUGAACUUAUUUACUUUCCUAUGUUCUUUAUCAAUUCCUCCCUUGUGUCAUUUCUUUCUUUCUGCCUAUCGUUUAGUUUGUUUUAAAUCAUUUAAAAUCUGGUGACCUUUUGUAUUUUCUAUUUAAAAUCAAAAGAACUGGGAAGUCUGGAAAGAUUGGUAUUUUUCAAAAGAAAUAUGUAAGAAUCCUGUAUUUUAAUAAUAACCAUUGAGCUGAAUGGUUUGUCUAGUUGUCAAGUAAGUCAGACUUAACUUUUCUGUGCCCUUCAACAAACUGUACCUUACAUUUUAGGGAAUAUUUUGAGAACGCUCGUUUCUCAUAAGCUUUGCAAUAAUGUGUUGCUGUUGUGCGAUUUACAAAUGCUUUCGAUUUACUCUUUCAAAACAUCUAAUAGAUGCUGUAAACUUUUUAUGCAAUUUAUAAGACUAUUUGCUUAUCGUGAGUAGCACUAUUGUAAUUAUUAUUACUAUAAAUGAUCAUUUAUAGCAUUUAAUUUUAAAAAAGAUGUAGUUUUGAUCAUAUUGUUUACAGAACAAUGUGUAUUUAUGAAUAUCCUAAAAUGAAGGCCAUCUUUUACAUGGACUAUCUAUAACAUUCAGUAAUGAAGGAAUAACCUCAGGUCCUUGCAUUCAGCACUGAAGGUGUAUUAAUAAACAUUUUUAUCUGGAUGCUUCAGGUUUAAAUGUUGCCUGCUUCAGUGCAAUUUGUUAGCGAAGUAAGAGAUUUCAGAUGCUAAAUGUUUUGAUGCUAAAGUUUAAAGAAAUUGGGAGUAUCAUUUCUUUUCUCAUUUAUUCAUAUUUUUGGCCAGUUUAAGACCAAAAUAUGGUCAAAUGAAACAAUUUUCAACAAAUGUUGGCACUAAGACAUUUUAUUUUUCUUUACACAUUUUUGUCUAUUUUUUGUUUUUAAAUUAUUUUGUCUUUAAAAUGAAGAUGGUCUUUUUUUGUGACACUAAAGACGAACUCAGUUUACUUGAGUUUUUAUUUUGUUAUUUUUAUUCUAAUUCUCUCUUCAUUUGAAUUUAUGCCCUUUCCCAACAGUUUUUUGCUGUUUUUAGCUUUGAAUAAUUAUGGUGACAAUACAUUAACCAUCGCUCUGUUCAUGAAAACCUCUUUUUUUUUUUUUUUGCUCAAUAAUACCUCCUUUUGUAUCUAAAUAUGGCUUUAAACCGUUUGCACAGCUAUACAACCUACUUUAAUAAUCUGCCAUCUGUUAAUAAAGAUAUUUUAUCUUUGAAGCUAAAAAAAAAAUACUUACAAAUACUUUGAUCGUUUGCAGAAUCUAUUCUGUAGCAAUACAAUGCAUUUCAGCAAGGUUUUUAAGACUUAUGCCUUUAAUACUGACUUUUGUUUUACCUUUGGUUGUAUUUAUGACAAAGUAAAAAGGAAACGUUAAUACCAGUGAA